AUGUUUCAGACAAGGCUGGCGCGAUUGAUAAAGUACGGAAAGAAGGAUGUAGAAGUCUGCAAUCAUUUCCUUUCCGAUGUUGUGUUCAAAGUUGGAUCUCCAUCAACCCACAUUUCUCCUUCUUGUAUUGAUGAAACAGGAACCUUAGUUGAUGCUCAAAUAGUUUGUGAGAAGGAUAGUACCCGACUGGUGCCCAUCAGCAAGUGGGGUGCGAGCAUGCCGCGACCAAUUAUUUUCUUUGGUUGGGGACAAACGAGACAGACUGCAUCGGAUGUUGCUAGAACAGAAAGCAACACCCUCCUUGGAUGGGACCAACUCUCGUUGCGUCUUCUGCGAAGUAAAGGAGCAAAGCCCAUAAUAAUUUUGCACAGCGAUCUGUCUGCUUUGGGGUCUGCUGCUGAGAAAGUUCAGUUUCUGAAAAAGCGCAUUGCUGACACGUCAUAA